GUUGCUGUGGCACGCUCUGACCGAAUAUUUGUGUGUUUUGGCUCAAGAUUGACGAGGUUGGUUUUGGUGAGCUCUGAGUGAAGACAUGUGCGGCAUGUUGCUGUUGCGUCGUAGCUUGAGGAAAUAGUAUUUGAUCAUUCGUAGCAAAAUCGUGUGGCUGACUUUCAAAAUAAUAAAUGUUAUUUUGCUCCAUCUUUUAUCUUCGAUCGUAUGUUUCAUUUACUGUUUAUUUCAGACAGACAAAUUUCGAAUACUUUGCUGAUUCGAUUUUUCUAUUGUUCGGAGAACAAUUGAGUCUUCUCACAACAAAAGAAUUUCCCUUGCAAUAUUUUUUAAUUCAAACCGUGUUUGAAUUAAAAAGUCUUGACAAGUAUUGAAAGCGAUUGCGUAAUGUUUUUUCGAACGUGUCUCAAAAGUUGGUUUCACAUUAUGUCAAUUAAUUGAGGCAAUAUUUUUCAAUAGUUAUCAAUAAUUUCCAAUAUAUUGGAUUCAAUAUAUUUCUGUAAUGUGAAACGGCCUUUACGCUUGCCGUUGAAAAAAAAAUGCCUUAGGUCUCUAGCCUGUAUAUAUAAACCAGCGUAAUCGCAGGCUAAUGAAAGUAGUGCGUAUAAUUUUUGAAAACAAAUAUAAUCCCCCAGUGGAAAAAGUAGAAGCAGCCUAAAGAAUCAUAUAUCACGCAUUCGUUUUAGAACGUUGGUGUCUAUGUUUCAUGAAACGAAAUUGUUUACUCCACCAUCUUGUUAUUUAAUUUUUUUAAAGUUUACACAAAAGAUUAAUUAUCAGCGAGAAAAUGAAAGGUUAAGGUUGAAAAAACUGCUAUUCUAAGCUAGAAUUUAAUUAAUGUCAAGCAACUGUGCCUAAUCAUGGCUGGUGUGUUCAGAAAGUUACGCUUGCUCAUUUGGAAAAAUUUCAUCUUGCAGAUCAGGCGUCCAAUCGGCACUGCAGUUGAAAUUCUGUUACCUAUUGCAUUUUUAUCACUGCUUAUUUUAGCCAGGCAACUUAUUAAGAACAACGAAAAAUGUUUUUCUACUUUUAAUCAUCUGAACAUUCCAAGCCAAGACUAUAUUAAUGAUUAUGUAAAAAGGCUGAAGGGUGAAAAGAUAUUGGUGACGGGGCGGUUGACGAUAGCAUAUUAUCCGCACACUGAAAUUACCACAAAAUUGAUUGAGAAAGUUGCAAGGGGAGUUAACGUGGGCGUGGCAUAUAAUGAUUCAAAUGGAAUUUCGUUUGCAUCAAAAGACGAUCUCUUGAAUGAAGUGAAAGAGUUUACAGAUAAAUAUUUGGGAGCAAUCAUAUUCGAAAAUGUUGAAGCCAACAAGCCGUUUCCAAAAACUGUGGAGUACUCAAUACGGCUACAUCAUUCAACAGGAGAGUUGUAUGAUUCAAGUGUAAAAUCUUGGAUGACACGAUGGGUUUAUCCAUUUUUUCAACAAGCUUCGCCACGCAAAAGCAGUUUUUAUCUAAGCCCUUUCUUGAGUCUUCAGUAUUUCAUGGAUUCUGCUAUUUUGCAACAUUACACAAGUGCUAACUACACAGUUGCAGAAGACAUCCAGCAAUUUCCAUAUCCUGAUUAUAUUGAAGAUACCUUUAUCCAAAUCAUUCAAGGCACCAUGCCUCUUGUCUUUGUUUUGGCAUACGUAUACAGUGCUGUUAUGAUUGUUAAGGAACUGGUAGCAGAGAAGCAAUGUCGGUUAAAAGAGAGUAUGAAGAUGAUGGGACUGGCCAAUUGGGUUCACUGGACAGCCUGGUUUAUUAAAAUAUUCUUGUUUUUGUUCUUGAGCAUUAUUAUCCAAACUGCAAUACUGAAGGGUGGUAAAAUCUUUGAGUUUGCAGAUACUGGCGUUGUGUUUGUUUUCCUUCUGUUGUACUUUCUUUCCACCAUAUUCUACCUGUUCUUCUGCAGUGUAUUUUUCUCCAAUGCAAUUCGAGGAAUGUUAUUUGCUGCAGUUUUGUGGUUUGCUACAUAUGCGCCAUUCUCAACAUUUGCACAACCAGAAAAGUUUGAGGAACUAAGCAGUGAAAAGAAGUUUGCGUCUUGUCUUCUUCCAAACACUUGCCUGGGUAUCAUGGUUCAAAUUAUAUCACGUCGCGAAUCAUCUAAAGUUGGUGUGACAUGGGAUAAUAUUAACAAGAAAACAUCUGUUGAUGAUAAUUUCACUCUUGCUACAGCCUUUGGUGUACUAAUUCUCGACUGUGUGAUCUAUGGAAUUUUAACAUGGUACAUAGAAAAUGUCUUUCCUGGAGAAUAUGGAGUGCCACGGCCACUUUAUUUUCCAUUCCAACCAUCUUAUUGGUGUGGUUCCAGAAGUACUUCCCAGUUUGGAAGCUUAGAAGAACUAAAAGGAAACAAGGUUCACCCAAAUGCUGACUUUGAAGACGAACCUGAAGAUUUAAAUAUUGGUGUAUCUAUUAAAGAAUUGCGGAAAGUUUUUGACAGUGCAGCUGGUAAGAAAGUAGCAGUUGAUGGGCUAAGUUUAAACAUUUAUAAAGGACAAAUCACAGCUUUGCUGGGUCACAAUGGAGCUGGAAAAACAACAACAAUGUCUAUUCUAACUGGUUUGUUUUCACCAACUUCUGGUGAAGCAACAAUCAAUGGUAGAAGUAUUUACACAGACAUGGAUGGCAUACGAGAAAGCCUUGGAUUAUGUCCACAACAUAACGUUCUCUUUGAUCGAUUAACUGUUAAAGAGCAUUUAGAGUUCUUUUCUGCUUUAAAGAAUGUUCCAAAAGCACAAGGUAAAAUUGAAAUAGAUCAAAUGAUCAAUGACAUACAACUUAAAGAUAAGGCCAAUCAAAUGUCAUCUACUCUGUCUGGUGGUAUGAAAAGAAAAUUAUGCUGUGCUAUUGCUUUGCUUGGUGGUUCAGAAACUGUUUUCCUUGAUGAGCCGACAUCUGGGAUGGAUCCAUAUGCGAGACGUGCAACUUGGGAUUUACUGCAGAAAUACAGAGCUAACAAAACAAUUAUCUUAACAACUCAUUUUAUGGACGAAGCAGAUCAUUUAGGUGAUCGAAUUGCAAUCAUGGCCGAUGGUCAACUUCGUUGUUGUGGAUCUUCUUUAUUUCUAAAGAAAAGAUAUGGAGUCGGCUAUCAUAUGACAUUAGUUAAAGGAGAUAACUUUCAGGAGACAAAAACAAGAUCUCUAAUUUCUCAGCAUGUCCCCACAUCUAAGAUGGUUGGGAAUGUUGGAAUGGAAAUAAGUUACAUUUUGGAUGAGGAUAGCACAAAACAAUUUAAAGGGUUAUUCGAAGUCCUAGAAGAAAAAAAGGAUGAAUUUGGUAUCAGUAGUUUUGGUAUAUCUGUCACAACAUUAGAAGAAGUUUUUUUAAAAGUAGGAGAAGGAGAGACACUUGGAAUUGAAAAUGAAGCAACAGAUAAUGAUGGUGAUGAUGUUGUGAAGCUGCAUAAUAUAGAUCGCACUGAGUCCAUGAUUGCUCGUGAUACUUUACUAACUGGUUUUGCGUUAAAGACUACUCAGUUCAAAGCCAUGUUUAUUAAACGAUUUUUAAAUUCAAAACGAGAAAAGAAGGCUUUGAUUACGCAAAUCGUACUUCCCUUGUUGCUGGUUCUCGUUGGUCUACUAUUAUCAAUGUCAGGAAAUUCUCAAGAUGAUGACCCAAAAAGAUUUUUAAAUUUAAACAUGCUUAAUGUGGAGUCAGAAUCAUUAAGUGCGUUUUUUGCUGAUACAUCAGCAAAUGAAAACUCAUCGUUGGCCUCAAUGGCAAGUAAAGUAUAUGAUGCUGCAGGCGUUUCAUUGUUUCGUGAUAUAUCUAGUAAUGUGAAAUAUAUCAAAGAAGGGAAUAGUGGAAAUAACAUUGCCUUGUUUAUUAAUUCAUCGAAUGAGUAUAGCCAGAAGAUUUCUGCUGACAAAAAGGAAUGUUGCAACUACAAAUACUUGUUAUUAAAUAAGCAAUGCCAAAACUAUGGUGAUAAAUAUAGUUCAUUGUGUGGGACAGAGCCAAAAACAUUUGCUUAUAAAAAUUGUAUGAAAUGUAUUGAUGAUAAAUUAGACUGCGAAGAAACACCAACGUUAGAUAAAAUAAAAAGCACAAGCGAUACAAGGCUAUAUUUUCAGGAAUAUGUUCUAGAAGAUAGUGGCAAAAAUUUGAAAAGUUAUUUUAACGACAAAGUGGCUGGAUUAACUCUGGAGAAUAAUAACCAAUACACAGUUUGGUACAGUAACCAGGCUUGGCACACGAUUGUUGCUGCAUUUAGUGCAGCCAGCAAUGUUAUUGUGAAAUUUCAUAAGAAUGAAACAUAUGGCAUUAAGACUAACAAUUUCCCUUUACCUAAAAACACUAAAGAAAAGGGUGAAAGCAUUUCAGCUAAUAGUAGCAACCUGACUUUAGUCAUUUUUGUUACUAUGGCAGCGUGUUUUGUCGCGGCAAGUUUUGUAACGUUCAUUGUAACAGAAAAAACUUCGAAGGCUAAACACAUUCAGUUCGUGAGUGGAGUGGAUUCGAUCUCAUAUUGGGGUGCAUCAUACUGUUGGGACUUCAUUAACUUUUUGAUACCUGGAAUUGGAAUUAUCAUCCUUUUUGCUGCUUUUAAUCUGGAUGAAUAUGAGGGAGCUCUAGGGGAAGUUUUUUUGAUCAUAAUUAUGUUUGGUGUAUCCGUUCUACCAUUCGUCUACGUCAUUAGUUUUUUAUUUUCAAGUGCUUUGAUUGGUUAUGCUGUCAUAGCUUUGUUGCUGAUGGUGAUAAGCUUGGCUAUGGUUCUUGCUGUGUUUAUCCUGAAAAGUACUGGUGAAGAAAAUGUAGCUGAUACCUUAAACUACAUGUUUCUAAUUCUACCAACCUAUGCGUUCCCACAAGCGCUUACUGAUCUAGCAACCAAUGUUGGAUUAAACAGAGCAUGCACAGUAAACCCAAAAGCUAUAAUUGGCUGCCAGGUUACUGGUCGAAAUUAUGAAGAAAAUUUGCUAGCAUGGAAAUAUCCUGGCAUCGGUGUUCAUUUGUUGUACAUGUUUGUCGAAGCUCUGUUUUUUUUCUUUCUCACUCUGCUUAUCGAGGAACGAUUCUUUUUGGGGUCAUGUUGUGGUUCAAAUAAUGCAAAAGGUUUUUCAAAACGAGAAGGGGAGGAUAUUGAUGUCCAAGCUGAGAGAGAAAGAGUGUUCAAAAUGUCGCAAGAGGAAAUAGAAAAGUCUGCUGUAGUGCUCCAAGAUCUCACGAAGGUGUACAGAACAACUGGAAUGACUGCUGUUGAUCAUUUAAAUUGUGCCAUACCUAAAGCUGAAUGUUUUGGUCUGCUGGGGGUUAAUGGCGCUGGAAAGACAACCACAUUCGGCAUGUUGACAGGAGAAUUGGGUAUCACGGACGGUACUGCUUUCAUGCAUGGUUAUAACAUUCAGACACAGUUAAAUGACGUUCAACAAAGAAUUGGAUACUGUCCACAGUUCGACGCUUUAGUUGAAAGAUUGACUGGUCGUGAAAUGUUGACAAUGUUUGCACGCUUGCGUGGAAUUCCAUCUCAUCUUAUUGAGGAUGUUGUAAAGUCUGCUAUCGAGCAAUUAAAUCUUGGUAAAUGGGCAGACAAGUUGUGUGGAGACUACAGUGGUGGUAACAAACGUAAACUGAGCACUGCAAUGGCUUUAGUUGGUGAUCCUUCUGUUGUGUUUUUGGACGAGCCUACGUCAGGUAUGGAUCCUGCUUCCAGAAGAUUCUUGUGGGACACUUUGACAUCUGUAAUCAAUACGGGACGAUCGAUUGUCCUUACAUCACACAGUAUGGAAGAGUGCGAGGCUCUAUGUACACGUCUUGUUAUCAUGGUGAAUGGACAAUUUAAAUGUAUUGGAAGUAUACAGCAUCUGAAAAGUAGAUUUGGGCAAGGAUAUACAAUCAUGUUAAAAAUAUCUAAAAAUAAACCAGGAGACCCCCAGAUGGGGAGUGCGAACAAUCCAAUGUACAACGACGAUUCGUCUACCUUGCAAGUACCGCCACAAGGGGCAUUAGCACAAUCGUCAUCAUCACAAAAUAUUGCUAUAAACUCUGAAAGAGUUAAAACAUUCGUUCAUGAAUCGUUUCCUGGUGCUGUACUUGUAGAGGAUAGACAGAGUCUUCUGCAGUAUCAAAUUAUCAAUCCAAAUUUGCGUUGGUCUCAUCUAUUUGGCACUCUGGAAAAACACGCUGAAGAACUUGGUAUAAUAGACUACAGUGUGAGCCAGACAUCGUUAGAACAAGUCUUCAUCAACUUCGCGAAAAAUCAACAUUCUGAAGAUCGAAUCUUUAAUAAAAAAUUUUGUUCGUGCAUGUGUUUCUAAGAGGGAGAUGUAAUGGUGAAAAUGUUGUAUAUGUACGUUUUUAAUUUUUAUCAUCCAGCCAUUUUUUUUUUUAGUUUUUCUUUAACUAAACACCGACACCAAAACUGCAUUUUACUUCAACUACUAAGUAUAUUUUUUGGUCAAUAACUUCACUCUUACACUUGAAUUAUUUAACACUGAAAUCAAGCUAUUUCAGGGAAAUUGUUUGCGAAAAAAACAUUGCAGUUCUACAAGAAAAACAAAACAAAUAAUUCCUAAUAUACUUGUUAUUGACACUUAUUUUCAGUUCCAACUAGUUUUUUUAUGAUUUUGUCUCCUCAGAGCGAAAUUUUCAGAGACCAUUUCUAAUUGGAAAAUGUUGCGGGAAUAAACUUUUGCGGUUCAGCGAAAUUUGAACGUUUUGCGGGUGAAAAAAUGCCGGUUCACGAUUGAUUGUACUUACUAAGAAAUAAACUUUUGCGAAUUUUCCAAAAACCGAGAAAGUUUCUUCCGCAAACACUUCCCUUAUAGUAAUAAAAACGUUUCCUUCCAUCCUCAUAGCUUGGACGUUUGCGCUGAUAUACAUAAUUGUAAAUUUGCAUUGUAUAUGCUCUUUAGUUUAUAUUUGUUAUAUACUUUAAUUUUUUUAGAAAGUAGUUUUUAAUUGGCACGUUUUAUUAAUCUUAUUUGGCCUGGGGUUUUGCGAGCAUUUAAGUGGAUAAAUAAAAGUUCUUUAAAAUAUCUUGAAUAAUCUUGGAUCGGAUGUCAUGAACUUUUAUUUCGUUGCAGAAUUAUUGAACCGUAUUUGUAUAGGUUUUUGGGGGUCCUCGGGCGGAAAAUGCCCGCAGUCCAUAACUUUUCAACAGGUUAUACUUAUGGCAUAAAACUUUGCAAACUUUCGGGGACAACUUCUUUCAAUUUCAUUCAAAGGUUGUGUAUUGACGUUAAACCCUGUUCGAGCGAGAGGACUGAAAUUAAGGUCUUUCUAACCCCCAAAAAGCUUUGGUUAAAACAGGGUUAAAAUAUUUAUUUGGUCCCCAAAAUGUUACGUAUAAUAAAGCUGCUGAAAUUACCAGCACAUAAAUACCUGACAAGGUGUCCACUCUCCAGAAAUUUUUAAAAUAUUAAGAUUUUUUAGUGUGUUCCUGGGUUCAUAAAAUAUCAAUGGAGGGAAAUGUCAUAAAUUUUUAUCAAAUACCGUAAUGCUUUAAAUAAACGCCCCCUUCUAUUAAACGCCCCCUCUAAUAGACGCCCCUCCCUCAUAAGGGACGUUUAUUUGAGGCGAUAGUAAAAGUAUACUUACUUUUCUCCUAAAUCUUAGGUUUAAGGUUGGAAAUUUAGUUUUUCGCUUUUGAAAUUCAUUCUCAAAAACAUGUGAAUAUCUCCUAUUUUCUGUUGUGAAGAUAUAUAUUAUAGGUAUCCUUAAAAACUGCAAAAGAGACGAAGUGUAAAAAAUUUAAUACAUGGCCCCUUCUUUUAAACGCCCCCCCCCCCUGAAUAAAGACCCCGGGCGUUUAUUCGAAGGAGUUAAUGUUGAGUGGAUACCCUGAUAUGGUUUUCUAUUGCACUGAAAUAACACUACUUUGGAACUUGUAUUGUUUUAUUUAUAUUGUUGAUUUUUUGUAGCAGUCGGAUGGCAUAAAUUUACGGUGAUUUAGAGGAAAGAAUAUUCCUUAGUAGUU